CUCGACAUCACAAAGUUGUGGUCCAACAAGCAACGAAAACACAUAAGUCUCAACCACACAAUUGCGAUCGCCAUUGCGACACAACCCUUUGAUAAUGUCUUACGCUCAGAACACCCCUCAAUCGAAGGGCCCCGAAUUAGCUCUGGAGUCUCUCGACACCUUCACACAGCUUCCUCUACAAAUGGACCCGGCGACGAAAGCACUCUCCGCGUCAGGAACCUCCAGCAAUGCUCUGGCUACCGAGCUUGCCACUCUCAAUGCUCUCCACCGAUCUCUCCUUACUGUAGAGACUCCCACUGGUACUCCUCCGCCGCCAGUACCAGUAAACCCCAAGCGCUCUGCACAAAUCGGCAAACUACGCGAAUCGGGCAACGCCGAGUUCAGGAAAGGCAACCACGCACAAGCGGUUCGCAUGUAUUCUCUCGCAGUGGAAAUGGCCCUCGGCCGGCCAGGUUGGGAGCCCAGUGGGCUCGUCAGAGAGGAAGUGUCUGGCCUUUUGAGCAAUCGCGCUCAAGCGAACAUGGCGCAACAGAACUGGGCCGAGGGGGCUGUGGAUGCUGAAGCAAGUGUGGAGAUGAAGAAGGUCGGAAAUGCAAAAGCCUGGUGGAGGAGAGGAAAGUGCUUGUUGGAGAUGGGGAGACUGGACGAGGCAGAUGCUUGGGUCAAGCAGGCACUCGAGUUCGAGGCGACAGAGCAGGAUCUUGUGCACCUGAAGGAUGAGGUCGAGAGGAGGAGAGCUGGUGCUUGAACGUUUGGUGCUCGGGAGCAUCAGUAGGAGAGCUGGUCUGUGUUCAAAAUGUGCAUUGCAAGGCGUUGGGGAUGGGUACGAUACAAGUGCGCCUCUGCUUCUUAGAAAUUCAUAUUCAUUCUUGAGCUUUGCCCAUUGGCGAAGCGAGAAAA